AUGACAAUCCACCUGUCAACUCUCACAGUGCUGGUUCCCCUGUUCUCCUUAGCUGGGUUGUUGUACUCAGCUACGUUUGACAAGGAUUUUCCACAGGGCUGUACUAGUAUGGCCAGCUUAUGUUUCUACAGCCUACUACUUCCCAUUACCAUUCCAGUUUAUGUAUUCUUUCACCUAUGGAGCUGGAUGGGGAUUAAACUUUUCAGGCAUAACUAAUUUAAGUUUAAAAACUAUUGCAUGUGCUGUUGGUGACCUGAUGGCAUCAAGCUGUCAGGCGAAGUUUUGUUUCAUUAUCAAAGUUUUUUUUCAUUGGCUUGGAAGCAUUCAGAAUUUUGUGUGUUAUUGGUGGAAAUUGGUACCAUUUUGAUUAACUUAUUCUUUAUAUACAAAAUGUGCUGGACAAUCACCUCUGUCUCAUUGUUACAUUAUCUAGUAAUGUUUGGUUCCAUCGGCUUUAUUCCCUGUGACUGCAGUGCAGAAAAUGUAACAGGCAGUCCAUUUGAACCAGUUCAAUAUGGAUUUCUGUCUUAGGGAAACAGUAACCAAAAUCACAUCAAACUCCACCACAAUGUCAGAUGCAAAUAAGCCAUGGAAAUUCAUUAUCAACAAUAACUUAAUUUUGAUCUAGCGUUCUUAGACCCUUGCUGUUUUCCUGGGUAUUCAGCCACACUUGUGGUCAGUGUUUGAGACUCCUUGUUCUGUGUUCUAUUACUGUUAAACAUGGCUCAGUAGGUAGCACAAUCACCUCCUGAUUCAGAAGGUUGUAGUUCAAGUUCCAUAAUGUUAGCUGAUACUCCAGCAUAGUACUGACGGAGUAUCACAUUGUCUAAAGUGCUGUUUUUGUAAAUGGUAAGCCAAAGCCCUGGGAUAGAUGUAAAAACUCUGUAAAAGAAACACAGAGAGGUUCUCCUUGGCUAUCUGACUAAUGUUUAUGCCUCAAUCAACAACAUUUUAAAAAGAAAGUGAUCUGGCAAUUACUGCAUUGAUGUUUGUGGUAACUUCCUAGGCAUGUGUUGGCUGUCACAUUUCCAAUGUUUCAACCAUGACUCCACUUCCAAAAGGUACCUCUGGAUGUUCCAAAGUGUGUAAUUAAUGAAGUACCUUUUAAGGGGAAGUGACAAGUGCUGGGGAAAGCCUGGCAGCAUCUGUGGAGGGAGAAACAGUGAACAUUUCAAGUACAGUAUGACUCUUCUUCCUGCAUUUGCAGUAUUUUGCUUUUAUUAGGAGAGGUAGCUUUUUUUUCUACUGGCUUCUAAUCAUAAGAAACCUGGCACACAGUAGUCCAGAGUCGCUGUGGUGCCGAAGUUGCAGCAAACUUGUCACAGCCAUGGAAUGACCCUUCAUUGUGAACCAAGUUACUGGUAAUGAGCAAAUCGAGUACCCUCUACAUGUUAAAGCAGACGAUUAUUGACUGUGUCAUUCAGUUUGAGUUAAUUUAAAUAAAGCUGUUUGAAGCAAA